AUGGGAAUCAAUACUCUCUCUACCCCAACUGGAUUAGUUAGAGAACCUAGACAGAAAGCCACAGUGCUGAAUCAGCAAUUCAACUCUGGCUUCACCAAGGAGGAUCUCAGCAACAUCCCAAACCACGAUUUAUCUGCAGCCCCUCCUGUUGAAAAAAUUCAAAAUAAUGUAGAAGGCGUUGAAAAAUUACAGAAAGCCUCCGGCCCGGAUGGUAUUCCAGCAAGAGUACUGAAGGAAUACUCAAACAGCAUAGCACCGAUUUCAAAAACUUUACCAGAAAUCCUUGGAUGGUGGAACACUUCCUACCGACUGGAGAGGAGCAAACGUCACACCCGUACUCACAAAGGGCGACCAUUCAAACCUGCGAAUUACCGACCCAUACCACUAACAUCUAUUUGUUGUAAAACUCUUGAGCAAAUUCACUCUCAUAUAAUGUUGCAUCUUAAAGUCAUCAUAUCCAAUCACAUGAACAACAUCGUUUUCGUAAGGAAAGAUCAUGUGAAACCCAACUUGUUAAUGUUAAAGAUGAUAUCACAAGAUGCCUACGACUCCAAAAGCCAGAUGGAUCUCAUAAUAAUCGACAAAGUACCCCACUAG